UCCCGUCUGGAGCUUGGAGGGAGACACAACAUUCAGACCGAGUACCUGUGUGGUCGUCUCUCAAUCUCAAAAUGCUGGCUCUGAUAAACCGGCUUUUGGACUGGUUCAAGUCCCUCUUUUGGAAGGAGGAGAUGGAGCUAACACUGGUGGGACUUCAGUAUUCUGGGAAAACUACCUUCGUCAACGUUAUAGCUUCUGGCCAGUUCAGUGAGGACAUGAUUCCGACGGUUGGCUUCAACAUGAGAAAGGUCACCAAAGGCAAUGUGACAAUUAAGAUCUGGGAUAUAGGAGGGCAGCCCAGGUUCAGGAGCAUGUGGGAGCGGUACUGCCGAGGUGUCAACGCGAUCGUGUACAUGGUGGACGCGGCAGACCGUGAGAAGGUGGAGGCGUCCAGAAACGAACUGCACAAUCUCUUAGACAAACCACAGUUACAAGGAAUCCCUGUGCUGGUGCUUGGCAACAAGAGAGAUCUUCCCAGUGCUUUGGAUGAGAAGCAGCUUAUUGAAAAAAUGAACUUGGCAGCUAUUCAAGACAGAGAGAUCUGCUGCUAUUCCAUUUCCUGCAAAGAGAAGGACAAUAUAGAUAUCACACUUCAGUGGCUUAUACAGCACUCCAAAUCUCGGAGAAGCUGAAAGACAAGACCCUCAAUCCCAGUUCUGUCAGCCAUAUCGGUUUCAGCCCUCAUCCUGCUCCCUCUGUGAUGUUGUACAGUAGCCCCUCCUCUUCACUGUAUUGUUUAUCCCUGUUAAUUCUACUCACCAACAUCAAACCCCACCCACCCUGUACACACGCGCACACACACACACACACACACACACACACACACACACGCACACACACCCUGGUCCACACUGCGCACUGCUAAAGAUGUGUUAGCCUUCUGCCCAUAGUUAAGAGAGUCCUAGAGUUGUCAUGGUACUAUAAGAUGUGAAAAACUGAGAGACCCAACACCUGGCCCCAGGAUGAAUGCCUUUUGCAAAUGCCAAAUCACCUUUUUCUUUUGUUUAUUUUUUUUUUUAAAUUUUGAGUUUGGACUUUGAGUCCCGCAGCAGGCAACAGAUAAGCUCAUACCUUUGGGACAAGGCAGUACAGUGCUCUGCUGCAAUUACUCGGGCCACAAGGAGGGUUUGGCAACCAGUCCAGUUUGACUUCGGGGGAAUGUAGCGGGAUUCUACAUCUAUCUGCCAAUGUAUUUUUUUUUUUUUUG